UGCUAUUGAUGGCUCCUCCUCCGCUACCUGUAAAUCUGCGAUGCCAUCUUCCAACAAAUGGAUGUGGCAGGCGGGCGCCGGAGCCGAAGAGCGAGAAUUACCGAUAGUAUUUGUGUUUUCUGCAACCGAUUUCACCGAUAAGGAUAUGACAAGUUGCGACCUUAAACGCGGAGGAGCGCAUUCAACAGUGCGUCGUGCUGAGCUCCAGUAGCGGACCUGCCGAAAGCUGCGCCGCUCAAGGUGGAGGAGUGAGUCCAUCGGCUGGCGAGGACAGCGCGACUCUUCACUCUAAUAAUAAUCAUAAAAACUCAGGUUUUAUUCGUCGGGACAGCCGAAAAAAGCGAGAGAUUUGCGGAGUUUGCAACAAAAAAUAUGAUUUUUACGCACAGAUCAAACGGAUGACGCGCAAUUCCAGCCCCGAACGCGCAUCGCCAGGCGCACCACUGCUAUCUUGAUUUGAAGGGAAGUUUAUAUUACUGUGCGUGUGACUGCCGUCGACUCAACUUUUUUCACGUCUUUGCUUCCAUUGGAGCCAGAUGAGAAGGCAGAGGAGCGGAGGGUGGUUGACUGAACAUGCCUGAGCCGUUGGGGCAUCAGGGGGCGCUGGCUGGAGCUCCCCAAAGCGCCUGAAUCUCUAGUUGAGUUGAUUUGUUUGUUUUUGAAGGGGGGUGGCUGGCAGGUGACCAGAAGUCGAUUAUGCCGAAAAACAGGGAGAAAUUCAACCCGGAUCCGUCCAUCCACAUCUCCAAGAUGAUGAACGUGAUCAUCCCCCUCUCACCAGAUGUGCCCUGUGACAGCAACGGCCAGCGGAUGUGGUGGGCUUUCCUCGCCUCCUCCAUGGUCACUUUCUUUGGGGGUCUCUUCAUAAUCCUCCUGUGGAGAACUCUCAAAUACCUGUGGACUGUGUGCUGCCACUGUAACGCCAAGAAGAAGGAGGUCCAUCGGAUCACCACAGGCGAUGGCAUAAAGCGCGCUGACAAGGAUGACGCGGCGGCCAGCGAGGUGGGCUGGAUGACGUCCGUCAAAGACUGGGCUGGAGUCAUGAUAUCUGCUCAGACACUGACAGGAAGAGUUCUGGUGGUGCUCGUGUUCGCGCUCAGCAUUGGAGCCCUUGUAAUAUACUUCAUAGAUUCCUCUGAUCCGAUCGAGUCCUGUCAGAACUUCUACAAAGACUUCACGCUGCAGAUCGACAUGGCCUUCAACGUGUUCUUCUUGCUGUACUUUGGCCUCCGUUUCAUUGCUGCCAAUGACAAGCUGUGGUUCUGGCUGGAGGUGAACUCGGUGGUGGACUUCUUCACGGUUCCUCCGGUGUUUGUGUCGGUGUAUCUGAACAGGAGCUGGCUUGGUUUGAGGUUUUUAAGGGCCUUAAGGUUGAUACAGUUCUCUGAAAUUUUACAGUUUUUGAAUAUACUAAAGACAAGCAACUCGAUUAAGCUGGUGAACCUGUGUUCAAUCUUCAUAAGCACAUGGCUAACUGCAGCAGGCUUCAUUCAUUUGGUGGAAAACUCAGGGGAUCCUUGGGAAAAUUUCCAAAAUUCCCAGACACUUUCCUACUGGGAAUGUGUCUACUUACUCAUGGUUACAAUGUCCACUGUUGGCUACGGAGACGUUUAUGCAAAAACCACCCUGGGUCGCCUGUUUAUGGUCUUCUUCAUCCUUGGUGGUUUGGCCAUGUUUGCUCGCUACGUGCCAGAAAUUGCUGCUCUCAUCCUUAAUCGGAAGAAAUAUGGAGGGAGUUAUAACUCGACCAGAGGCAGAAAGCACAUCGUGGUCUGUGGUCAUAUAACACUUGAGAGUGUGUCCAACUUUCUAAAAGACUUCCUACACAAGGACAGGGAUGAUGUCAAUGUAGAAAUUGUUUUUCUCCAUAAUAUUUCCCCUAAUCUUGAGCUGGAAGCCUUAUUCAAGCGCCACUUCACCCAGGUAGAGUUUUACCAAGGGUCUGUCCUGAACCCACACGACCUGGCCAGAGUCAAGAUUGAAUCAGCAGAUGCCUGCUUGAUCUUAGCCAACAAAUACUGUGCUGACCCUGAUGCUGAGGAUGCCUCCAACAUCAUGAGGGUGAUAUCGAUCAAGAACUACCAUCCAAAGAUCCGAAUCAUCACGCAGAUGUUGCAGUACCACAAUAAGGCUCACCUAUUGAACAUCCCAAGCUGGAACUGGAAGGAGGGAGAUGACGCCAUUUGCCUUGCAGAGCUGAAGCUUGGGUUCAUCGCCCAGAGCUGCCUGGCUCAGGGCCUCUCCACCAUGCUGGCCAACCUUUUCUCCAUGAGGUCCUUCAUCAAGAUCGAGGAGGACACAUGGCAGAAGUAUUACCUUGAAGGAGUAGCCAAUGAGAUGUACACAGAGUACCUGUCGAGUGCCUUUGUGGGUUUGUCCUUCCCAGUAAUUUGCGAGUAAGUAAACUGAAAAAUCAACUUUUUUUGCUUUGCUACUUUUUGAUUUGUAUUUCUUUGAAACAGGUGUUAUGUCAGAAUAGUUUUGGCAGGCUUGUUGUCUUUUAGAAAAUCACCAAAAUUAUACUUCUUGUCAGUCAGAAACUGUAAAAACAGGAUAAAUCACUGAUGUUCAACUUUCUGAUGGUCCUUCACCAAACUCAAGCUUAAAAUUGCAUCAUUGCAUCAAUGUCACUUUAUUCUGCAUAAACCGUUUGCGCCAGAUUCUGUUCAAAUCUAAAAUUCUGUACUCCUCGGUGACUCACCUGCAAACCAACAGUCACAUGACAGAAAUUCAAAGACUGUUCUGCUGAGCUACAGGCUUUGUUUAUACAGAACAGAUAAUGAACAAGUAUGGAACCAGAUUAAAAAUGCAAGUAGUAAAAUAUCUGUAGUAUGUAUAGUCACCAUCCUUUUUCCCCUUCAGCACUGGUGACACCUGUGGACACUUUAACAGAUUUCUUGAGGGGUUUUCAAUUAUGUACAAUAAAUAGUAAAAUAAAUGUGUGUAUGUAUUUAUUUAUUUAUUUUACAAUUUUGGCAUUAUAACUUUAUUAUAUUGUACAGAAGGCAAUCUCGAGUUAACUCUUCUUACAGCCAUGAUUUUGCUUUUUCCGUAGAGGUGUAGUACUUUAGAUUGCAGAGAAAAAUGAGCACAGAGUGAGUAAAAAUGUGUCAGGAGGAGAAAACACCCACAAACUGCUUGAGACUUGGAGGGUUGAAUCAUUUUAUUAUUUAGACAGAAGGCCAGUUUUAGUUUUAUUUUGCUGUAUAGAUAGUAAAAAAAAAAUGCUUUGCACUAAACUAGGUAUUGAUGAAGCAACAUCCACAAAUGAUAUGAUAAUAAUUUCUAGACAUACUAAACUAUGACGUUUUUGUCCACAUUUUGGACGACAUACUAAACUGUGACAUUUUUGUCACAUUUUGGACGACAUACUAAACUAUGACGUUUUUGUCACAUUUUGGACGACAUACUAAACUAUGACGUUUUGGUGAUAUUUUGGACGACAUAUUAAACUAUGACGUUUUUGUCAUAUUUCGGAUGACAUACUAAACUAUGACGUUUUGGUGAUAUUUUAGACGACAUACUAAACUAUGACAUUUUUGUCACAUUUUGGACGACAUACUAAACUAUGACGUUUUUGUGACAUUUUGGGCAACAUACUAAAACUAGGACUUUUUUGUCAUAUUUUCGACGACAUACUAAACUAUGACGUUUUUGUGAUAUUUUGGACGACAUACUAAACUAUGACUUUUUAGUCAUAUUUUGGACGACAUAGUAUAGUAUGUCGAAAAAAAAUGUCAUUUUUUACACAUGUGAAAACAUGCCAUAUGAUGAAAUAAUGUAAAGUAGGCUGUGAAACACACUCCAGAAAGGUUUUCUUUUAAAAAAAAAAAUCAUCAUGAAUUUUGGCGCAAAAAAACGCCUGACUAUACUAUGUUGAAAAAAACAAUGCGAUUUUUCAAACAUGUUGUAAAACCAUGCCAUAUAAUGAAAUAAUGUAAAGGAGGCCGUGAAAAACACUCCAGAAAGGUUUUCUUUGAAAAAAAAAGCCUUUAUGAAUUUUGGCGCAAAAAAAUGCCUUACUAUACUAUGUCGAAAAAAAAAAUGCGAUUUUUCAACAUGUUGUAAAAACAUGCCAUAUGAUGAAAUAAUGUAAAGGAGGCCGUGAAAAACACUCCAGAAAGGUUUUCUUUGAAAAAAAAAUCAUCAUGAAUUUUGGCGCAAAAAAACGCCUUACUAUACUAUGUCGAAAAAAAAAUGCGAUUUUUCAACAUGUUGUAAAAAGGUGCCAUAUGAAUGAAAUAAUGUAAAGGAGGCCGUGAAAAACACUCCAGAAAGGUUUUCUUUGAAAAAAAAAUCAUCAUGAAUUUUGGCGCAAAAAAACGCCUUACUAUACUAUGUCGAAAAAAAAUGCGAUUUUUCAAACAUGUUGUAAAAAGGUGCCAUAUGAUGAAAUAAUGUAAAGGAGGCCGUGAAAAACACUCCAGAAAGGUUUUCUUUGAAAAAAAAAUCAUCAUGAAUUUUGGCGCAAAAAAACGCCUUACUAUACUAUGUCGAAAAAAAAUUGCGAUUUUUCAACAUGUUGUAAAAACAUGCCAUAUGAUGAAAUAAUGUAAAGGAGGCCGUGAAAAACACUCCAGAAAGGUUUUCUUUGAAAAAAAAAUCAUCAUGAAUUUUGGCGCAAAAAAAACGCCUUACUAUACUAUGUCGAAAAA